GGUAAAUAGUGGGCCAGGCAGGAAGAUGGCGGCCGUAGCGGAGGUGUGAGGGGAUCUCUGCAGCUGCAUUUUUCUCCCCUCUUCUUCCUUCCCUUUGCCGUCUGUGUUUGAGAUUGGCAUCCGAGGGGCUGGUUUCGGGUAGCGGAGCCGGGCGCAGCACAGGGGUCACGGGGACUGUGGGGGCGGCGGCUGACGGCUGGAAGGGCAGGCUUACUUCGCCUCGCGUCCUCCUUCCCCGGUCCGCUCAGUGUCAGGCGCGGCGCGGCGGGCGGACUUCGUCCCUCCUCCAGCUCCUCACAGCGCCGGAGCGGGCACUCUUCCCCUCGCUAGCCCCCGACCCUUCACCCGGGGGACUGGGCGCCUCCUCCGGCGCAGUUCAGGGAGCGGGGGCCGGUCUCCUGCUCGGCUGUCGCGCCUCCAUGUCGGAUAACCAGAGCUGGAACUCGUCGGGCUCGGAGGAGGAUCCGGAGACGGAGUCCGGGCCGCCUGUGGAGCGCUGCGGGGUCCUCAGCAAGUGGACAAACUACAUUCAUGGAUGGCAGGAUCGUUGGGUAGUUUUAAAAAAAAAUACUCUGAGUUACUACAAAUCUGAAGAUGAGACAGAAUAUGGCUGCAGAGGCUCCAUCUGUCUUAGCAAGGCUGUCAUCACACCUCAUGAUUUUGAUGAAUGUCGAUUUGAUAUUAGUGUAAAUGAUAGUGUUUGGUAUCUUCGUGCUCAAGAUCCAGAUCACAGACAACAAUGGAUAGAUGCCAUUGAACAACACAAGACUGAAUCUGGAUAUGGGUCUGAAUCUAGUUUGCGUCGACAUGGCUCAAUGGUGUCACUAGUGUCUGGAGCAAGUGGCUAUUCUGCAACAUCCACCUCUUCAUUCAAGAAAGGCCACAGUUUACGUGAGAAACUGGCUGAAAUGGAAACCUUUAGAGAUAUCCUAUGUAGACAAGUUGAUACGCUACAGAAGUUCUUUGAUGCCUGUGCAGAUGCUGUCUCCAAGGAUGAACUUCAAAGGGAUAAAGUGGUAGAAGAUGAUGAAGAUGACUUUCCUACAACACGUUCUGAUGGAGACUUCUUACAUAAUACCAAUGGCAAUAAAGAAAAGUUAUUUCCACAUGUAACACCAAAAGGAAUUAAUGGUAUAGACUUUAAAGGAGAGGCAAUAACUUUUAAAGCAACUACUGCUGGAAUCCUUGCUACACUUUCCCAUUGUAUUGAACUAAUGGUGAAACGUGAAGAAAGCUGGCAAAAAAGACUGGAUAAGGAAAAUGAGAAGAGGAGGAGGACAGAGGAAGCAUACAAAAAUGCCAUGAUAGAACUUAAGAAAAAAUCCCACUUUGGAGGACCAGAUUAUGAGGAAGGCCCAAAUAGUCUGAUUAAUGAAGAAGAAUUCUUUGAUGCUGUUGAAGCUGCUCUUGACAGACAAGAUAAAAUAGAAGAACAGUCACAGAGUGAGAAGGUCAGGUUGCAUUGGCCUACAUCUAUGCCUUCUGGAGAUACCUUUUCUUCUGUGGUGACGCAUAGAUUUGUCCAAAAGCCCUAUAGUCGCUCUUCCUCCAUGUCUUCCAUUGAUCUAGUCAGUGCCUCUGAUGAUGUUCACAGAUUCAGCUCCCAGGUUGAAGAGAUGGUGCAAAACCACAUGACUUAUUCAUUACAGGAUGUAGGUGGAGAUGCCAACUGGCAGUUGGUUGUAGAAGAAGGAGAAAUGAAGGUCUAUAGAAGAGAGGUAGAAGAAAAUGGGAUUGUUUUGGAUCCUUUGAAAGCUACUCAUGCAGUUAAAGGCGUUACAGGACACGAGGUCUGCAAUUACUUCUGGAAUGUUGAUGUUCGCAAUGAUUGGGAAACAACUAUAGAGAACUUCCAUGUGGUGGAGACAUUAGCUGAUAAUGCAAUUAUCAUUCAUCAAACACAUAAGAGGGUAUGGCCUGCUUCUCAGCGAGAUGUAUUAUAUCUUUCUGCCAUUCGAAAGAUACCAGCCUUGACUGAAAAUGACCCUGAAACUUGGAUAGUUUGUAAUUUUUCUGUGGAUCAUGACAGUGCUCCUUUAAACAAUCGAUGCGUCCGUGCCAAAAUUAACAUUGCUAUGAUUUGUCAAACGUUGGUAAGCCCACCAGAGGGAAACCAGGAGAUUAGCAGGGACAACAUUCUGUGCAAGAUUACGUAUGUAGCUAAUGUAAACCCUGGAGGAUGGGCACCGGCUUCAGUGUUAAGGGCAGUGGCAAAGCGGGAAUAUCCAAAGUUUCUAAAACGUUUUACUUCUUACGUCCAAGAAAAAACUGCAGGAAAAUCUAUAUUGUUCUAGUAUUGACAGUUACUGAAACAAGGCUGUGUGACAUUCCAUGUUGGAGGAAAAACUAAAAAAACAAAAGCGAUGCUCUAAGCUGGAACAUAGGAUCUACAGCCUUGUCUGUGGCCCAACCCCUUGGCCUUGUGUACAAAAUGAAGAAAUACUGCAAUAGCUAAGCUGAACAUCUAACACUAGCUGUAUCCUGCUAGAUCUCCUUGCUCAGCCUAUAACUACUAUAAAUACAUGUACAAUUACAUGUAUAUGGCUAUAUUUUUAUUUGCUUGCUUCUAGAAAAGAAAAAAAAUCAACUUUGGAUCACAAGUAGGAAUUAAUGCUUUAAUUUUGGAAACUUUUUCAGAAUUUUUAAUUUACUAUGGUCCGGCCUAAGAGCCUCAGUUGUAUCAGAUUUUGUGCACAAAAGAAAAGCACAAAUGUUGAACGCACAUGGAGAAUGUGCUUUCUGUGCACCAAAUAAUCUGGAUGGGGUUCUUCUUUUAGGCCUUCAGUGAAAUCUGUGUCCAGAACUUUUUGACUUUUUUGCUUUGUAUAAUCAUAGAAUUAAUUGCUGCUGAUUUCUAUAAUGAUUCACAUUGUCAUGUAAAAUGUCUCUUAAUAACUGAGGGCUGUCAAUAAUCUGUGAUUUUGCCUUUUAUAUUAGUCUUAACUCCAAUGAAGAACCUUGGUUCUGAUGGAGAAAGAGUGAAAGCUUUAUUUUUUUCCCCCAGAUAUCUUUAUAUUUCUAUUGUAUUUUUUAGUUGUGUAUUGUGUGCUACAGAUUUUUUUCAGUUUGUUACAAACACAAUUUGGUAAUUCCUCAGUUGAAUCUGCCUGCCUCUAAACAGAAACAUCGAUACGAAUUUUGUGGGUAUAAACUACUUUCUCGUAAAACAGUCAGGAUAAAACAAGCUCAUAUUUGCCUGGAAUUAUAGGAGGAGAUGUGGUGCUUGUUAAAGC